AAAAUGGAAGAGACCAAAAAAAAAAUAAAAAUGUUGGGUGGUUUUCAGAGGGUUUAGGGCCUUUAGGCGAUCGGUGAUUGAUAGAUAGGGAGAAAUCUUAAAUCUGUCGAGCCUUUUCAUCAGAAAGAUCGAAAGCUUUUUCUCCGGAAAUCAUGUGUUAGGAAAUGUGGGGAGAUGAAUUUCGAAUUUAGCUCCGGUCUCUGGGUCUAGCAUUUGAGCAUUGGUUCAUCGGAGAAGUUGCCCGGAGCCUGAAGGUCGUGUCUUGGUUUUUGGAGUUCUAUGCUUCUGGAUAUAUAUCAAGAUGGACUGCGGAUUGCUAGUUCUCUAUGCUUGAAGCAUCUCUUUGCAUUAUGGUCUCUCCAGUAUGGUGUCAAAUAGGAGACUAGAAUAUGGAUUCAGUGGCUAUCAGGUGCCUGCAACACCUCGUGCUCCUCGAUCAGCCAGGCGGAGAUGUUCAAUCCAGAAGAAGGUUGAUGACCGUAAAAUGCAUGCAUUUAAUCUCCUGGCAGCUGUAGCUGGUGAGCUAUUGCUUGAGAAAGCUGUAUGUCCGUCUUCCAGUACCUCUUCAACUCAAAAAGAUCAAUGUCCCAUCAAUGAGGCUGGUCGCGAUAAAGAGUGGCAGGAUAGAUGUAAUCCAUUAGAACUAAAACCCUCUGUUCAUGAAAACCGUGGCAAGAGCUUUGUAGUUUCUGAGCUUUUCUCACCAGAUAAGGAUAAAAAUAAUGGUUCAGAGUUCAAAGGGAAGGAUGAUUCAGUAAGUUCUGCAAUUGAGGUAGGCCUUCAUGAGGACAGCGGAUCUUAUUCUAACCAGGAAGAUGAAGUAAGGGUACAUAACAAGGAAGCACAGCUUAAUAAUGGCAACUUUGCAUGUAGUAGUGAUAUUGACUUGUGCAGUUUAGGAAGUCCGAUAAAAUGUAUUAGGGACAAUAGGAAAGUAUUUAGUAGAGAUGAUGACGACAACUUGCCGGGGUGCACUCAUCCUGGCACCAUGAAGAAGAAGCCCUUCACCUCUGUGCCGCGCAUCGGUGACAGAAGGAUACGGAAAAUACUGGCUUCCAAGUACUGGAAGGCUCCAAAAUUGAAGGUUGAGCACUGCUCUAGAAGUGAUGGAAAUCUGAAGGUUGCUUACUGGAACAGGAAGGGCUGCUAUAGACAUCAAAGAUCUCAGAGGAACUAUCCUUUUAAAAAGAGAUUCUUCAAUAUAAACUGCUCCAAGAAUUCUGACGGAAGAGAUAGAAGUCUGGCACCAGAGAAAGAUUUUAAUGGAGAUGUCUCUGAGGAUGGGCCAUCACCUUUCAAGGAAGGUCAGCAUUCCUUAUAUAGACGGAGGGAUUCUCAUGUGAAGCUCAGGAUCAAGUCUUUAAGAGUCCCAGAGCUGUAUAUUGAGGUUGCCGAAACUGCUACCGUUGGUUCACUGAAGAGGACUGUCAUGGAAGCUCUGAGUGCAAUCCUUAGAGGUGGAGUCCGUGUUGGUGUUCUACUUCGAGGGAAGAAGGUUAGAGAUGACAGCAAGACUCUGCUGCAGAGUGGAAUCUCACAUGAUAAUCGACCGGAUGCUCUGGGCUUCACUCUUGAGCCAAGCUCUUCACUAGCUCCAGCAGAAAGUCCUGCUCCUGGGCUUUCUCCUGCUUCUCUUCCCUGUGAUGCAUCUCAGCCUUAUGCUGGGUAUGCAACAGAUUCAGUUGCUCAUCAGGGACCUUCUUUACCCCUAAUAGAGUGUCAAGGGGCCAACUUGGUCAAGCCUAUCAAAAAUGAUAAUCAUAAUGCAGCCGCUCCGAUUGACAUUCCAAUUGAUGAAUGCUCGGUGGAUUCUAGAGCUUUAGUAGCGGUUCCUACUACGACAAGUAGGGAAGCUUUAGCUGUGGUUCCCGUACAGCAGAAACUUGGAAAGUCUGAGAUUGCCCAGCGCCGUGUUCGCAGGCCAUUCUCUGUUGCUGAAGUUGAAGCCCUUGUUCAAGCCGUUGAGAAGCUUGGCACCGGAAGGUGGCGUGAUGUGAAAAUGCAAGCCUUUGAUGAUGCAAAGCAUCGGACUUAUGUGGACCUGAAGGAUAAGUGGAAAACACUGGUGCACACAGCAAGAAUAUCGCCGCAGCAGAGGAGGGGAGAACCUGUACCUCAGGAGCUCUUGGACCGGGUGUUAGCUGCCCAUGCUUACUGGUCCUACCACCAGUCAGAACCACAACAGCAGCAGCUGUCAGACGCAUAGUGCUUUCCUGAGUCCAUUCUCGACCUGUUUGAUUGUGGAUAGCAGUAGAGAGCUGAUGGCUGUAUUGGGAAAGUUGUCACGUAAUUGACUAUAUUUUUGUUAUGUAUCAUUGCUGUGAUCAUUGUGAAGGAAAAAGGGUGAAAGUAAUUACAGGAGACUCGUCGAUCGCACGUCCUUGCCCAGGGUUAAUUUCCGUGCGGAGAAGUUGGCUCAUUCAAGAGGAGGUUUCUUUAGACAGUCUGACAGUUUUUUUUUUUUUUUGCCCUUUCUUUUCCGGUUGUCUGUGCUUGGGUCAGAUCCUGCUUGGGAGGUUGAUGGAAAGUAUUAGGCCUACCUAGUGGGAACUCUUAGUUUCGAUAUUGUACAUUCUAUGCUAUAAUUAGUUGUAAUCCGUCUGGCAAAUUUGUUUAGGAAUUUUAAUGACACAAGAUUUGCAAGAACUUACUAUACAGUACCCGUCUCUA